AUGGCUCGAGGCAGGAAGCAUAUCAAAUCGACUCCGGUCAUGGCUCCUCCAACGCUGUCAGAAGACAACACGGCCAGUUCUACAAACCGACCGAUUCCACUCUCUUGUUUCGUUUGCCCCGAGACUCCACGGUUUUCGGACGUAUCACACCUUCUCACACACAUUGCAUCCAAGGGCCACCUUCAUCAGGAGACCCAAACAAAGCUGAAAGCGCACCAAGACAUCACCGCUGCUUUGAACAAGCGGAAGAUGAAGCAGGAGAUGUCGAUGAGCCCGGCAAUCAAGCUCGAAGGAGACGAACUCAUGAGCGAUUUCCCACUUUUCCCAGGGUUUCUAGACCUCGAACCGGAUAAUAGCAUUCAAGAGGAAUUUGUUUUGGGAAACGAUUCGAUGUUAUUGAAGGGACAAGUUUGGCCAGGAAUGGGAAAGAUGGAUCUUGCUGACGACGAGACGAGAAAAGCCCGGAAUCAAAAGAAGCCCAAGUCUGUCAUUGACAAAAUGAAGAAGGCGUCUGAGUCAAUCGAGCCUACCCAGGUUGUAAUGAGCUCGAAACUGGAGGUAGAAAGGACAAGGGAUGUCUACGACGAUACUUCAUCUCCUGUUCCUGGCCAGGAGGAAUCGACACCACCCAAAAGGGUUCCAAGGCCCAAGCGAAAGAAGACAACACCUCUUGCGGAAAUAUCUGGAAAUAUUCCGAAGCAGCGACGAAGGACUACUCGUGGCCAGAAGUCUAACGUUGGGAAGACAACACGUCCCAAGAAGGAUCAAGGGAUUCAGAAAGAGCCUGAAGCAUUCCCUUCGCCAGAAAGAAACAAAGGAGUCCAGGAUAUAUUUCGCGACGAAGUUAUACGGACAGCUUCUAUCAGCGAACCUCCGCUUCCUCUAAGUCGCGGUGACCAUAGGUUAGAGCCUCGUAAUAAACACGGGGCUCGGAGCAUGAAUGGCUUCUUCCACUCGAAUAUUGUCUCCCCGACGCCGCAAGCGAGAGAUUUGGCACCACGCCAUCUCCAAGCCAGGGCAACACCUAGUUCGUUUCGACCUGAAUCUUUCCCUCCAGGUUCUUUCAGCCAAGUUGAAGCUUCUUAUGCAAUGAAAGACGCUACAAUCUACAAUGCUUCAUCAAGGCUUCCAUUUGCUACUGCAGACUAUAGUCAAUUUCGAGAACCAAGUUCAGACCAUCUGCGCGCAGCAGCAAACUACGGCUUCCAGUUGAAACAGGAGGAAUACCCAGGAUCACAUACUGGGGACCUAACACAGGGGACAAACAGCCCAUAUAUCGGCAUGCCUGGAACCAACCCCCUUUUUUCGAAUGAUCGGUCUUUUCUGAACUCGUACAACCAAAGAGCUCUUGGUGCAACAUUCUCUCCGUUGUCGUUCCCUCUUGUCAACCAACAGCCAGACUAUUCACACACUGGGCGAGAUAUGAAGCAACAAACGCACAUGUGUGAGACCAUGGAGGCAAGUGGCCUUGGUGGUGACCAGGAAUUGAAUCUCGGCGGCUCAUGGAGCCUGCAUGAUGCUGACAGCGACAUGGGUUUUGCCUCCAGAUUAGCUAUGGACGAUCAGCAGAUCUGA